CCGAUAGGCAGAUAUCGAUAGAAGGCAGCCUUGCCAUAUCGCCAUGUCUGCACAGGGUGGCAAUCUCUAGCCAAGGAGCAGACACAAAAUUUUCUUUUUCCAUCAAAAUUUAUAGUUUAUUCUUAUGGGAAAUUAUUGAGCUUUUCCCGAAUAGGAAAACAUUGCCACACUUGUUACAGCGGAGCUCCCAGACUGGAGGAGGAGUCCAUGCUGUAGACGUGCCUCCAGUUUCCUUUAUUUGCACUUUUUGCAACCCCCCGAAAAGUGAAGAAGCGACAGGCACGGGCAGGAAUCCAGGAGCCAAAUGGAGAGCGAAAAGAUUCUGAUGGCCGCCGGAGUGACGGUGGCCGCCGUCGUGGGAGCCUUUGUCUUCUGGGGACCCUCGGGCUCCCGCUUGCGCCAGCGUCGCGGCCAGAUCGCCGGACUGCACAACUUUGGGCGCACCUGCUUCCUAAACACCCUGCUCCAGGCCUUGGCCGCCUGCCCGCAGUUCAUCGCCUGGCUCCAGCUGUACAACGGCGCCUCCCCCGAUCGCCGGAGCCUGAUCAGCUCGAUGCUGAACACGCUGGAGGUGGUGAACGGCACCCAUGCCACUCUGCGCGGUGAUCCGCACUCACCGGGCGCUGUGCUGCGCGCCCUAAACGCCUUGGGCUGGGUGAUACCGCAGGAGGAGCACGAUGCCCACGAGCUGUUCCACGUUUUGCUCUCCUCCCUGGAGGAGGAGGCAAUACGGCCGCAGCCCCUAGGCUGUCUGUCGGACGCCCUGCCGCUGGGCACGUUGGGAACCACCGACAACGAUGACGCCAGCAGCAGCAUUGGCCUGGGCACGGCCACGCCCCUUGGUGGAUUCCGACCCAUAAGCGCCAUGGCCGCCGGACCAAGCGCCAGCCAGCGGGGCAUUGGGGAUCAGCCAAAUCGGCCCUCGAGCGCCAUGCUGACCGACUUCCUUAACAUGGAGUAUGACGAAAGCACCAGUCUCACCCGCCUGGUGCGCUCCGAAGCCCAUACACCGGACUCGCCGGCCUCCGUUUGCGAGCGCGAAGGCUCGGAUCGCUUGGGUUCCCUGCUGCUGGAUGCAGUUUCGCCCGGAACGCCGUUUGGCUUUCCGCUAGCCAGCGAAGGGGAUGCUCUGGCCACGCCCACGCCGACGCUCGGCGGCGAGCGAUUGUCGCGACCAAGGCAGCCGCAGGGCCAGGAAAUGGGCGAGGGCCUUAAUCGUCGGGUGUCCAGCUCGUGCCGGUCGCUCGAGCGUUUGCAUCGCGGCCCGGGGCGUGUGUCCAUCUGGUCGAACAUGAUGCCCAGCCAGGUGGCGCAUCCCUUCCAGGGGGCCAUGGGCGCCCAGAUUGUUUGCAACGGCUGUGGCUCCAAGUCGGCGGUGCGCUAUGACAAGUUCGACAGCAUCACACUGAAUCUGCCGCCGCAGCGACGGAGUGGCCAGAGCCUGGGCCACCUGCUCAGCGAUUACAUCACUUCGGAGGAUCUGAGCGAUGUCAAGUGCGAUUCCUGCAAUGAGACGACCACGCACACCAAGUCGGUGACCUUUGCCAAGCUGCCGGCCUGCCUGUGCAUUCAUGUGGCGCGCACAGUCUGGCUGCCCACCGGGCAGGUGUGCAAGCGCCAGGACUUUGUCCAUUUCCCCGAGAGCCUGUCGAUGGCGCCGUACAGCUUUGUGCAGCCGCAUCUCAAUAGUCAGGCUGGCACCCCUUGGGGCUCGACAAUGUCGCUGUUUUCCAGCAGCCUGCCGAUGAACAAUGGCCUGGGCGGUGGCGAGGGCUUCGGCACCAUGUUUCCCAAGAACCUGUACCGCCUGCUGGCCGUGGUGGUGCACUCGGGCGAGGCGAACAGUGGUCACUUUGUGACCUAUCGACGCGGCUCCCUGCGAAAUGCCCAUCGAUGGUUCUACACUUCAGACACCAUUGUGCGGGAGGUGAGCAUCGACGAGGUGCUGGGAGUGCCGGCAUAUCUGCUCUUUUACGAUCGGGGACAGCACCGGCAGCUGCCCCUGCGCUAGUCAGCCGGAGGAGAAGGGCGGAAGGAGGAUCCUAGUCAGCCGGCAAACACUUGAUGUGAUGGAAUAUCCAAAUCGAAAUCCUUACUCGACCCACGUCGUGGCCAUAAGAGACGACUUACCCACACAUAUAUAUAUAUAUUAUAUUGAUAUAUGCAUAUAGCCAUAUGCCCGCGAUCUGACGUAUACUCAGCCGAGGACAAGGCAGUGGUCUCUGCAUCCUGCGUGCAUCGUGCAUCAUCCCCUUUAUUUGUUAUCGAUGCAUUUACGAUUUUCUAAGAACUAAGAAUUCCAAAUUCAUAAUGUGCUUUUAGCUGUCUGUAUUUAGCAAUUUACACACAUAAAUCUACCGAUAAUUGUUUGCGCGUUAUUUCCGUAGGAUAGCUGUUCAAUAAAAAUUUCUCACAAAAAUGUA